AUGCGCGUGUAUUCUGAGCUCUUCGAGACUGUAGGGCUCAAGAUUGCGCAGCUUUUGGUGAGUCAGCGCGAUUUCUUGGAGCAGCAACGCUGGGCCGAAAUCCGUGACACGAUAGCAGCAUGUCUCGAAGCUAACGUGGUCCCAAUCAUCAAUGAGAACGACACCACCAACACGGAUGGCAUGCGGUUCGGUGACAAUGACAACCUGGCAGCCCUGACUGCGGUGCAAUUGGGAGCUGCUGGGGUGUUUCUCUUCACCGAUGUGGACUACCUUUACACAGCGAAUCCCAAUGUAGAUCCCUCUGCCGAGCCCAUGAGGGUGGUCAACGAGGCGUUCGAGCUAGACGUUGACACCCGCGAGCCGGGGUCUUCGUUGGGCACUGGCGGCAUGGCAACCAAGGUGUCUGCAGCCCGGACGGCCCAUUGUGCCGGUAUCCCCUGCGGCAUCUUGCACGGCAAGUUCCCUGAACGAAUUUUCAGUUUCUUGAACAGGCUGGAAGAGGACAGCGACUCCACGCGGAACUCUCCGAAGACCGUGGUGAGCGCUACCGUCAGCGAGGUGGACAGCGCUGAGCCUGAGCCGGAAGGCACUCUCUUCGCAGCGCGGGAAGGUGAGCAGAGGACGGAAGCUGAACGCUGGAUUCUUAGCCUGCCCGUGGUCGGAGACGUCGAUGUGAAAAAUCCCGAGAGCCUCGAAAACCUGAACCCGGCGGAGCUUCGGACGACGCUCCUCGCGGCGGCGGCCGACAGCUUAGAGGGUCUUCAGAGUCUCUCUGGCAUUGCCCACGAUGGAGGCGUCCGGAUUUUCCACCAGAACUCCGAAGUGGCACGGAUGCGGGUCAGCCUGGACGAGGAGGGCGCCUGCAUCCCAGACCCCGAACCGGAGCAGAGCAUCGUGCUCACGCCCGCAGCAGACUCCCUCUGCUGA